CAUCUCGCGACAAGCUGUCAUAAAACCGAAAACAAGCCAACUGUGAUCAGUCUGUUUGCGCCAGGCAAACCAUGCUGUUUCCGUGGGUCAUCAUCGGCAUCUGGCUAGCUCGGCCUACUCCGAUCAGCUCGUUCGUCAUCGAGGUUCAGAUGGACCGUAUCGAACAAAUCGGCGGUGCGCACCUUCUCGAUCUUUCCGGCAUACGCGUCCGGAAGUACAAUCGAACUCUGUCCGUGAUCAACGGAACGUACUCCAUCGUGCGGGAUUUGGACGAGUCGUUGGCGUUCACCGUAACAGUGGCCCGGAGUGCCCUCGGGAACAAUCAGUUCAACGAGUACCCAAUGAAGAUCCCUCGUAAGGACGGUUGUCGGAUCUUCCUGGAGGAUUACACCGAGUAUCAGCACGUUUGGGCCAACACAACCAACUUGCCCCAGGUGGACAAGGAGGCGCCGCCAGCGUUGUGUGCCCUUCCCAAGGGGGACUACUGGGUGAAGGACUUUGCACCGGAUGCGUCCUGGGUGCCGCCGGUAGUUCCGGAAGGGUUCUGGCGCAUGACCUGGCACAUGUACAGCGUGGUGACGGACGAGCUCGAGGGACAGGUGCGGUUGUUCAUUCGCGUCAAGAAAGAUAUUAUCUGAAGGAGGGUCGUGUGACCGAAGAUAGGUCAAAUUAAGUAUAUUUGCUGCGUAUAAUAAGAUUGAUUGUUUUGUUAUAGUUUUCUUUUUUGAUUGUAAAAUCUGCAUCAGUUAAAUUACCAAACAAAAUUUUCAACAUUCUCGGUUUGAGAAGCAUUUUUUGACCAAGCAAUUAAUUUAAUAACAACAUCGCGGUAAUUUUCGUUAUCUUCUAAAUCUGAAAAAUGUAUCUUUUUGAAUAAAACAACACGCAGAAAAAUAUUUUGUAGAAUCAGCCUGUACGAGGUUUGAUUCAACAAAUUUUUUGUUGAAUAUAAUCAACGCCGAUUUUGCGUUGAAAC